AUGCUACAGACGAUAAAGGAUAUGGUUAGUAGUGACACGAGCAGCAGUGAAGGUGUUGAUGAUCCUCUUACAGAUGACGUGGCUGUUGCUGUGCUUGAAUGCAUCCACGAACCAAACGAGAGCCAUAGUCCAGUUGUUCAACUCUCCAAAUUGCUCCACAAGGCAUUCGAUGGCAUUCAGUUGGAAGGGUCAUCGUCACGACAUGUCGCCAGACAGGUCGCACAGUUGGACCAUGAUGAGCUCCAAUCAAUUGACCAAAAGAUCUGGCAUGCUCACUGGAUGAGGAAGUGCUCCCACAUUGGAUGUGAUAAACAAAUACAGAAGAAGGACUUCAGUCGUCAUGUCUGGGGUACCAAACACCACAAGAAGGUGUCAGUGCCCAGCCAGUGUCCUGGCUGUGAGUACGCACUGAAGAAGGAGCUUAAACUUGAAGUACAAGCCAACAGAGACGCUGGAACGUUUCGAGCUGGCCAGGUCGAUAUCGUUGCGUUGGCUGAUGCGUUAUGUCCUUGGUAUCACCGACAACAAAUGGAAAUGAAGAAGAUAUCCAAGCAGCUCGAGACAAAGAUUGAAGAGACAAUGCUUAAGAUCAACACCAUCAAUGCUGCCGGUGCUGUUCCAACUCAUUAUGCCUACUACGACUUCUAUCAGCUAUUUAAGGAUGCUAUGGAGGCAGAGGAGCCAGAAGAUGAAGUUGUGAUUGUCAAGGUUGAUGUUGAUGGAGCCAUUAUGUUCAAGGAGGACACAAUCGAGCGCAGCAAGAAUCAAGAGAGUGGCACAAUGCAGUUGGUGUACGACUCCAAGAAGACCUCUACCUUGAAGUCCUACAAUGUGUAUCAAUUCCUUGUGGCCAAUGGGGAGGAGACUUAUUCAAACUUGUCAAUUUGGUUCAGUCAGAGCAAGUUCCAUGAUCAUCUAUCUGCCCUGAACAAUCUGAAUACCUAUUUGACAUGGUUUGUCUUUGUCUUCCUGCUUGGACUAUAUGCUUGUUUACAAGACAGUUAG